CAUUUUAACAGAAACCCAAAAACCAGGGAAAAAUCAGUACCCAUUCUAAGAAAAUUAGGGUAAAGAAACUAAAACCCAAAAAUCAUCUCAAACAUACAGAAAAUUAGCCUAAAAAUCAUCUAAACCGGAAAAAAGAGUGAUCAUCAGUUGUGACUUAUCUCUCUUGUCCGCCUUGCUGACUUCUUUGUCUCGUCUCUGUUGUUCCCCGACCUGCAAAUCCGACCGGAGAACUGCACUUCCGACCAGCCACGCGUGUUAUCCUUCUCUCCUCUCCAUAGGAUCUGAAACAACAAGUUGUGUUGUUGAAAUUGGAAAGUUAUGGGGUAUAAAACAAGUUUCAGCACAAGGCAGAAGAAGUUUCAAACAAGUUUGCGGAGAAGAAACAAUAAGGUUUUGAUUGCAGGAGUUCAAGGUUGCUUGAGAUGUCCAUCCCAAGAGCAAACAACGUUGAGAUAUUUGGCAUUAAUGGAGAUUAGUGAUGAUGCUAAAGGCGGGAUUUUGGUGUUGACAAGAUAUUUUCUUGAUUUCUUCAGGGCACGUGGCUUUAAAAGAGUUAUUGAUGAUUUUGCAAAGAAGGCAAACAUUGAUGAAAAACAACCGGUUGAUGGAUUAUACAUGGAAUAUUGGGGGUUGUGGUUGGAAAGAUACAAACAUAUACCUUAUUGGACCUUUUUUUGUCGGAAAAAGCUCGAAGCACUCAAGAAAUUAUCUUUGCAGGUUAUCUCUUAG